CUAUUUUCCUCAUGCCUUUCGUAGACUGGCAUUCGACCAACUUAUGUCAUAUUUCUCCCCCGCAUAGAGUACUUCGUUCCCACUGUCCUUCCCCGCUUUCGUGUCGCGAUGUCCUCCCCAUUUCUUGAUCCUCGAGGCGAUCAAAUCCCGCAAGAGCAGGUCCUUGGAAGCGGAAGCUCGGCCGUUGUUCUGCUUCAAGAAGGCGCUGCCGUCAAAAUCCCGUUACGGUAUCUGUGGAGCUCCGACUCCGACGUGAAAGUGAACCUUUCCAGCCUCCGACGCGAGCAAAGUAUCUAUCGUCGCUUGCAAAGCGAUCCGGAUGACCGCUCUAGCGGCAUCGUCGGGUGUCUUGGGUGUUCAGCGGAGUCCACCCAACUGGCUUACAUGGCUAAUGGCAACCUUCGGGCUUGUCUCGAAACGCGCCGGCCGCCGCCGUCGCAGGAGCUUCAGCUCACCUGGUUUCGGGCCAUGGCACGCACCCUUUGCUACAUCCACGAAAAACGGGUGCUUGUUGCGGACAUCGCCACUCGCAAUUUUCUCCUGGACACCGAUCUGGCGGUUAAAAUCUGCGAUUUGUCCGAGGCGUCGCUCUUGCCACUGGAGUCCGAUAUGGAGACCGCCGAUGACAAUGGAUACACCACCCAAAUCGAUGUCGGCCUCCUGGGGACGGUCCUGUACGAAGUCAUGACCGGCACGAAGUGUGAGAUCGACCUUCUCAAGCACAACACCUCCACCGACGGCAGAGCGUAUUGGCCGGAGAGGAAGUCUCUGCCGAGCACGGAGGGCCUUUGGCUCGACUGGAUCGUUGAGGGCUGCUGGGACGGUGAAUUCCGCAGCGCGCACAGCCUCCGGCGAGCAUUGGAUUCGGUCGAUCUACGGCAGCGUCCCUCUUCGGUUGAUCAACCGUGUACCACGACUCCCUUCCGUCUUUCUACGAGUGUGAGUAGUAUCACGGAGUAUGCGAGAGAUCGGCCGAUCACGACUGUCAAUCGGGUCUUGAGCUUGACAAUGUUCACUCUUACGAUCGGCAGGAGAGUGUUUACGGUGUCAUGAGGUUGUCCCUUGGCUUUAACAAAUACUCUGGCAUCGCAAAUUGACAUAGAUCGCCACACAAGCCAUGGACUUUCCGCCGUCACAUCACCAAC